GUCACGCCGCUCAUCGCCGGCUUAAAGCCUUAAACAAACGAUCGCGGCUAUUUGUCGGGGAUUAAUGGGAUUGCCAUUGGCGCGGAUACGAGCUAGUGUUGCGUAUGCGUAUGUGGGACGUUAGUGGGUUGCGGCGCCGAUCGGAGUUACAUCAGGGAUAUCGCGGAUAACCUCGGAAUAAUCUGGGAAUUUGCGCGACGGAUGCGGCAUGCCUGCCGGCCAUUCCGCUCUCCAUUCGCUGAGCAUAUAGACAGAAGCAGCGUCCAGCCGAAUCUUAAGCGUACACGCGGGAGCCGGCAAGUAAUCGGUUAUUAUUUAAAUACGGCGAUCGCAUCCGCAGCGCCGCUCGACAGCCGUUGCAACGUUUGGCCGGCAUCUUGCGAAUUAUUCCAUCGCGCGAUCCCAUGUUAAACCAUUAGCGCGUCGCCCCCGGGCUACACCCAUCCUUAUUCUACUCCUCGGUUUCUGUCAUCUAGAUAAACCUUUUUUUACUCUGCACCGGCUUAAUUCGGCGGUGGAGCGUUUAAUUGUGACCUGUGCUAUGUAUACGACUAUUAGCUUCCGCUGUAGUUAAUGUAGAAGAAGGGCGUCAUUCGGCGCUGCAUCGGCUGCUGCUCCGUCUGGUCGUGUUGUGCCAUUAAUUGGACGUUGUGGCGGAAAUGGAAUUGCCGCGACGGCCUGCCGCGAGUUAGCGCAAUCAGGCCCGCGUCCGCUCCCAUCCAUUGCGAGUGCAGUGAAUUACCGUAAUUCGUUAGUCCCGGCCUUCAGCUCGCGCUCAAGCGCGCACUCUGCCGGCAACAGCGUCGUCACACACUGCUGAUACUCUCAGGCUCGCCGGCAUCCGUGACCUUUACGUCGCUUUCUGUACCGUGAACGCCGGCAUGUGGAAGGCCUAUAAAAUGGAAGCGCUUCACACCGCCGCCGUCGCUGCCGAUCACGAUUCGGACUCGCGCGACUCGGAGAUGGAGCUGGACUGCGUGGGCAGCCUACCCGACCACGAGAGCCUGGCCUCGUCGCCCUCCCGCGACGACCACGACUCAGAACGGACUUCCUCCAAAUCCACCUCCUCCGCCGCACGCAAAGCCGCCGCCGCCGCCACCGGGGGGCUGCACUGCAAACCGACCCGCGAGCUGCGUCUGCGCAUCAACAGCCGCGAGCGCAAGCGCAUGCACGACCUCAACAACGCCCUCGACGAACUGCGCGGCGUCCUGCCGUACGCCAACGGGCCAACGGUGCGCAAACUCUCCAAGAUCGCCACGCUGUUGUUGGCCAAGAACUACAUCCUCAUGCAGGCCAACGCCAUCGAUGAGCUGCGCCGGCUGCUGGCCUUCGCCAACCACGCCCCCCACCGCCUCCCCGGUCUGCUGCACCACGUCCCGGCCCCGCCCGGCCUACACCCGCACCCCCACCUGACCCUUCCUCCCGGGGGCCUGGGGCUGGGCCCCUCCGCGGCCGGCAGUCUCCUCUUCCGCGGUAACGCCCCCGGCGCCGCGGUGACCGCCCCGGGAAGCGACGGCAGCAAUCUCUUUCCGCUCUGCUGAAUCGCGACGCCAUGCCGCUUCCGCUUCAAGUUCCGCCGGCUGCGCAGCCCAGUGCCUGAGCGCUGAAACGCGCGCUUAAAGAAGCUUAAUGGGCAAAGCAAUUUGGCCUCAUCCGCGACAGCGGCGAUACCCGAGACAAAGCGCGAUGAUUAGCCGGGUUAAGCUGCGACAACAGCCUCCACGCAUCGUCCCCGGCAAUCAGCAUUCCAGCAGAUUGACCGCACGAGCGCCCAUCUUCGCCGCCUUCAUUCCAUUGAACACCAGCACAAUCACUGUGUUUAGCUUACUUAAUUACUCCGCUUAUAUUCGACAAACUGUUGGCAGCGUUAAAGGUCACAGAUUUCUCGCAACGAAUAUUAUAUAUGUAAAGCAGUGUAAAGGUAGAAUGUGAUUGAGUUUGAUCUGCAUUAUUCUAGUCUUCCGUGUGCUUAGUUUAA